AUGGAAGAUCGUAUUUUCUCUAUACGCUCAGUCGUCGAUGUUGAGCAGCCCCAGUCCAUGUCAUAUUCGCACGAAACUUGCGAGCAUGACCUCCCUGAUCUUAACUUUAAUGGUGAUUACCACCAAGCCGAUAACUCGCGGACAGAGUUUCAGAGGGUCAAAGCAACCAAUACACUACAUACACCGGCAUCAGUUCUCCCAAAUAACACCAAAGACGAAGGAAAGAAUGCCUCGGACGACAGUUUUGAUGGAGUUGGAUCUAGAAUACUUGGCGACUCAAAAGAGCAGGUCUACGCAACGCAAUUCAUACAUACUACAACCGAAGAAGAACAUUAUCUCAUUACCGGUAGAGACGGGGCUCUGCGCCGGUGUGAAGAUGAGCCCAUUCAUAUGCCUGGAGCAGUACAGUCCUUCGGUUUACUUGUAGCGCUUAAGGAGGUCAACGGCCGCUUCCCUGUCCACAUUGUCAGUGAGAACUCAAGACGCAUCAUUGGCUAUUCCCCGCAGCAGCUCUUCAAGCUCGACAGCUUUAUGGACCUCUUCUCCGAGGACCAUGUGCGCAACAUUCUCGACCACAUAGACUUCAUCCGGAACGAAAAUCCUGACGUCACCAACAACGGACCCGAGGUCCUCAAUACGGCACUGCACCCGUUGGGAGAGAUAAGCGUUAAGUUAUGGUGCGCCAUUCAUAUCAGCUCCGCGAAUCCAGACCUGAUCAUUUGCGAAUUUGAGUUGGAGAAUGACAAUGAUUAUCCUCUCUGCCCACCAGACGAAAUUGCACGACCUGCAUCGGAGGGCCCACCUCAUCAGGAGUCAACCCGCAAAGAGUUCGAUUUGGGUGAUAAAACGGGCAGCACACUGCUUAAAGUUCUAUCUAGGGUACGGAAGAAGGGAGGAGAGGCGGGUCCUAUGCAAAUUGUCGAUAUCAUGUCCCAAGCACAAGAACGAUUAACAUCGGCCCCGGACCUCGACAAAUCUCUCGAGGUCCUUGUUAGAAUCAUCAAGGAAUUAACCGGCUUUCACAGAAUCAUGAUACACCGAUUUGACUCAUCUUACAAUGGGAAAGUAAUCAGCGAACUAGUUGAUUCUGCCAAGACGCAACACUCUUACCGAGGCCUGCAUUUCCCAGCUUCUGACAUUCCUAGGCAAGCUCGCGAACUGUAUAAGAUUAACAAGGUCCGCUUACUCUAUGACCGUGAUUUGGAGCCAUCCCGACUAGUAUGUCGGACGGGCGCCGACGUUGAGCAUCCUCUGGACCUCACUCAUUCAUACCUCCGCGCGAUGUCACCAAUGCACCUCAAAUACCUCGCCAACAUGGGUGUUCGAGCAUCUAUGUCCGUGUCUGUCAACGCUUUCUCCAAUCUUUGGGGAUUAAUUGCGUGCCACUCGUAUGGGCGUGGAGGCAUGCGAGUGGCUUUUCCGGUUCGAAAAAUGUGUAGACUUAUAGGGGAUAUGGCAUCCAGGAACAUAGAAAGGCUGUCUUACGCCUCGCGCUUGCGGGCAAAAAAGUUAAGUCACAUCGUUCCUGUCAGCAAUCACGUGCCGGGUCACUUCAUUGCCUCGCCCGAAGAUUUACUCGGGCUUCUUGAUGCAGAUUUCGGCAUGCUCUCCAUAGGCAGUGAGACCAGGAUAUUGGGGACGGUGGAGCAGUCCCAAGAAGCCCUUGCUAUCCUCGAAUACCUACGAAUCAAGAAAUUCGCCUCGAUUGUAGCCAUAGAAGAUAUUCGUGUAGAGCUCCCGGACCUACGGUAUCCUCCUGGCUUCACUGUUAUUGCUGGUCUGUUAUACGUACCAUUGAGUGUGGGAGGCCUCGACUUCAUUGUCUUCUUCCGAAAAGCUCAGGUCAAAGAAGUGAAAUGGGCAGGUAAUGCGAACGAAAAAGAAAUUAGGGCGGGCACUUCCGACUAUCUUGAACCACGAACGAGCUUCCAGGUGUGGAGCCAGACGGUUGUUGGCAAGUGUAGAGAAUGGUCAGAAGAACACAAAGAGACUGCAACGGUGCUCUGCUUGGUAUAUGGCAAAUUCGUUGAGGUAUGGAGACAAAACGAGGCCGUACUGCAAAACAGUCGUCUUCUGCGACUUUUGCUGGCCGAUUCCGUCCAUGAAGUCCGCACACCACUCAAUGCCAUCAUCAACUACCUCGAGAUCGCCUUGGAAGGGAACCUUGACCCAAAAACUCGGGACAAUUUAGCGGAAGCACAUUCGGCUUCCAAGUCCUUGAUUUACGCCGUAAACGAUCUGCUCAAUCUGACAAGGAUAGAAGAGCGAAAGGAACCUAUCGGGGACGGAGUACUUGAUUUGUAA